CUCAAAGAUAUUUCAUCAUCAUCACUCUCACUCGGUUCAUUCGGCCGAGGAGACAACAAAUAACUUGCCAGCUACUGUGGGAGGAAAAGAUGCCGAAAACGGACCCUCUUUCAAAACUUCCAGUCAAACGGAGUUGACCAAUGAAGACUCCAGGAUACUUGGAAUCCCAAAGAGUAAAUUUGUGACCGCCAUCAGCAUCUCAGCCGGGGAUUUCCUCUGCAACUUUGUGGACGGAAUGGCCAUCGGAGUAGGGUUCCAGUCCUCCGGCUCCUCCGGACUCUCCUCGGCCAUUGCCGUGUUCUGUCAUGAACUGCCUCAGGAGCUGGCCAGCUUUGCCCUUCUUCUCGACAUGAAAGUUCACCUGGUUGCCAUACUUGUGCUCAAUCUGUUCUCUGCGUUGGGUGCAUUCAUGGGUCUCUACAUUGCAUCUGCCCUGUCAGAGUAUGACCAGUUCAUGGGCUAUAUGACGGCCAUAGCCGCAGGCGCAUUCCUCUACAUCGCGUUCAUGGACAUGUACCCAGAGAUGCUUGCGGCACAAAGUAAACAGCCCUGGAUCAUGUACCUGGUUCAAAACUUGGGACUGAUCACCGGAUUUGUCUUUCUGCUACUGGUCGCCCUCUAUGAAGAGGACAUUUGAGGGCACCCAUCCGGCGGCUUCUAAUACGUUCACAGACAGAACUGAAUCAUCCCAUGAAGAUGAUUAAGAUGAUGAUUAUGAUGAUGAUGAUAAUAAUAGUCACAAUGAAUAGUUAACCAAGAUUGCUGGCUUGAUAUGAUUGCUGUUCCCGUAUUUAUCGCCCCUUGCACAAUUCGUAAAUUACAAAAACAUUUUACAUCCAAAAAAAGUGAAAACAGUUCUAUCUGUUCUCAUAAUGUGGACUCUGAAUCGGUGAGAAAUAAAUUUAAUUAUGUGA